AUGUACACCAGGCUUGUGUCAAUGUUAGUCAAAGAAUGUGAAGAUAGACUUGGUCCACCACCGUGUGACUACGCCAUUAUUGCCCUUGGGUCGGUAGCGCGGAUGGAAGCAACACCAUUUUCAGAUCUGGAGUUUGCUAUUCUAUACUCAGACCUUUCUAUUGGGGACAAGAUCAGCUACUUUCGUAUACUGACUCAUUUUCUUCAUUUGAAAGUUAUUAAUUUGGGAGAGACAAUCCUACCAGCUUUAGGGAUUGAACAGCUCAACGAUUUUCAGUCCUCAAAAGCCGACGGCAGUUGGUUCUAUGACUCGGUAACACCUCGAGGUAUUUCGUUUGAUGGGGCGAUGCCAUGGGCUUCAAAAACCCCGCUAGGAAGAAUGGCAACGAAGGAAAAGCCCGCAGUAGAGCUGAUCAGAACACCUGAAAAAAUGGCUGAAUUACAAGAUGAAGAAACAGCUGUAAAAGACGAUUAUCACUUAGGUAAGAUUGUUUCUCAUGUUGCAAAAUAGGAAGCUCUCGGUUGGUAGAUACUACUAGAUACUGUUAACAAGCUGAACCAGAAAACCAGUUGAACCUUACUGCUGAAUAGUUAAGCCUGCUAGUGUAGCUGGACGGUUGGGCAUUAAAUAAUUUACGGCCAGCUCGGGAAACACAGUUUGCGAACCCGAGAGAGAAUUUUCACCAAUCAGAAAUCGCCUACAGGAAAUGGUAAGAUAGCCCGCGGGACAUUCACAUGGCAAUAUACGGCGUCGUGGGACGGACGCGCAAAUUAUAUCACAUCUGAUUAUCACAAUAUUAUAUUAAAAGCGAUAUGGAGGCUGUGUUUGAAAACGUUUGCAAGGUUUUUGGUCUCCAGGGAUUGAAUAAAUUCCAAAUUGAGGCGAUUACACAUAUUUUAGAGAAAGGGAUUGACAUUUUUGUCAAUCUUCCAACGGGAUACGACAAAUCUGUAAUCCAUCGUUCCUGUAAUCUCACUCGAAGUCUCACUACUUUAAUAAUAUAAGUCAGUUAUGAACUAUGAAGUCUAUGAAAGAUCAGGUUGGCAAGGUCGCACGCUUGAAUUCAUGCAGUAUAUAUAUCUUCUAUAUUAUUGAAUGAAAUUGCGCCAGAACGGUAAAUAGGUUUUGAUUUCCCAAAGAUUUUUGUUUUUCUUUUGAAUCAAUAAUUUCUUAACAAUUAUGAUGUGGAUGUAAUAUUUUUAUUUAAGUUUCCAUCUUUUACUUAAAGUAUGACUAGUGAUAAAUAUGGCCCUUUCUUAUGUCUGUUAAAAUAUCAGAACUAUUUUGAGAUUGUUAUUAUUUAUUGUGUGCAGAAAAUCGCACGCAAUACGAAGUUCACACCCAGCUUUAAUAAUUAAAUUUUAAAAAAUUAUACAGUACAUAUAGUAUUGCUAAAGUAAUACAAUUUAAUAUUAAUAGCUCAUUUGUAUUUUCAUGUUUACAUCAAUUAGGGCGUGCAAAAUAAUGUUAUGUAGAAAAAUAAUUACAGAACUAACAACAAGAAUGUAUCUAUAUAGAAAGUUAGAAAACUCAGUUGGUUUAUGGACUGGUCCUGCCCAGUACAACUGUGGUGUGCUAUAUUUCUCUUAAUAUGAGUGGCAUCCAAAGUCACAGUAUUUGAAUAUGAGUCAACACAAUUGAGAGUAACUCGUCAAGUUUUGCACAUUUCAAAUUAUCAAUGCUAUUGCAACAUAAAGAUAGGUGCAUGAACGUACAGGCCUAAUCUUGUUUUGGGGGGGGACAACAGUAUUAGUUUGCCCGACUGCUUUUCUUACACAGUACACAUAUACAACUUUGUUCGAGAUUUUAUCAGGGCCUUUUUAAGGAUUUUCCUGUAAGGGGGGGGACAUUUGUUGAAAAGAGACAUUACUGUGAGAUAAUAUAUUAAUGGGGGAUAGCCAUGUGGCCGACAUUUCACUCAUGAAUCCCCAGGGGUUUUUUUUAAUUUAAACCCCGAAAAUGCAAUUUUCUGCAUUCUGAGCAUCCAAUUUGCUUUAAAAGUUAUGCUAACUAUACUUGUAUUUGAAAUAAAAUAAGGAAAAAAACGCACAAAGGUUACGUGUGUGGGGGCAUACUGCCCCCUGCCCCCCCCCCCGCUUGUAGGUUAAAAAAGGCCCUGGAUUUUGUAUGUGCUUUUAUAAACAAAUGAGUAUGAUUGUGACAAAAACUAAGAACAAUGCUCAAUGUUUCUGCAAUCUUCAUAAUCUUUGCCAUAAGCCAUCAUCAUUCAUAUACAGGUGCUCUUCAUAUAUGGCAAAGCAUAUUAAAAGCAAUUAAUAUUGACAUUCUUAUAUUUAAUUAUUCAUUGCAGACCAAGGUUCUUCUUAUCAAUUUUGAUGAGAGUUAUAUGUUUUGCCCGAAUGACACAUGCAUGGAUUUCUGCUCAAUUGCCCGACCGUAAAAAUGGGGGGGGGGGGCAUGUGACCCCGAACAACGAGGAAUUUCAUUGGUCGCUUAUAUACGAAUGCAUUAUGUCACUGAAAUAGAAUUCUCUCUCGGGUUUGCAGACUGUGUUUCGUCUCGGGGGAGCGAAACACGGUCUGCGUUGCGGAGGCUAGACGACACCACGUCAAUUGAAACUUAAACAAGACGCCAGCUCAGGCGUACACUCGUGCUCCAAGGAUUAGCAUUACUUGAGGGACACAAUUAUCACUUAUUUACUGAGACCUUGUUUACUCGACCGCCGUUAUUGCCCUCGGCCAACAACGGCGGUCUCGAGUUCACAAAACACACUGCUUCAAAAAACUGGUUGUAGCAGUAUUGAUUGGUAUUGUUCGAUGUUGUUAUCACUUGACAUAUUCAAGUACUGUAUUUAGUAUCGUUUAUAAACAUUUGUACAUCCCAAACAUCAAUGACAUAUUUUCAGUUUCACUUAUGAAUUAUUGUAAGCUCUUUCCGUAGCAAUAGGGUGGACUGAUUUCUUGAAGCUUACCGGUGGGGUGGGGGGGGGGGUUAUUUGAGUAGCCUGAGGGUUUCGAACUUCGUCUUUUACGCAGAUAGAGAGUAGAUGAAUAGACGUAUAGAUUUCUUUAAUUCGAUGUAUCAAUAGUGUUCAAGUAUAGCAAUAAUCAAACGACAAUUAAACGAGUUCAAACUAUAAGGAGAAAUAGUGACUAAACUACAGUAAAUACCAUGCAAUAGUUAUAAUAAUGUACUAAAUCAACUGGACUACGUUAAAUUGCUGGUGUCUAAAUAUAAUAUGCGCAUGCUUUCUAAACUAAUUAAACAAACAAAACAAAUAUAUAAAUCCUACUUUGGUGUCCUCUUGUUCCUCAAGUAGCGUCAAGUAAUCUUUUCUUCGUUUUCUUCGUUAGCAUGAAUAAUUGAUCCUUACGAUCCGGUCGUACUGUUCAAUCUGAUUCAUCACGCAAGCUUCCUCUGCAUGUGACGUAACAAAUACAUGCCUAGAGGCUUCAGUGACGUUUCAAAGUAACAAAUAUUACACUGUGCACCAAGCAAUGUUGCGGUGUGGUCUUCCGUGCAUAUAUAUUUUGCAUCGUGCGCAUUGUAUUGUCGGACUACAUUUAUAAUAUUGAUAAUUACAUUUCGCAACUUUGAUUUCGCCCCUCCUCACAGUGGCCAUAUUGUGAAAUCACGAUUACAAGUGCGCAAUGCAUUACUAGGUCAACGAAGGCCAAAACGCGACCUGCGGAUUUACAACACGGUGAAACCUAGGCUUGAGCUCCCCUGGAGCACGAGUAAUAAGCCACAGGAAUUUACAUACAUUUGUAGCUGCCUGGUAUGUGGAGCAAUUUAUAAAACGUCAUUUAAUAAUGUUGUAUUACAAUAUUGUAUUAAUAUUUGUUAUUUUUAUUUAGCUGAUAUUAUGUCCAGGGCUGUAUUGCUGUAUGGACACCAAGCUUUACUGGAUGAAUAUAAUAAACGCGUAGCUGAAAAACUAAAUUCAACAUCAUCUUCAACAGAUGACAGAUACGCUCCAACAGUUGGCUUCAUCCGAGGAAUUCGACAAAUGGUGAAAGACAAUCAAGACUUCAAUCCGUACGGUUCCUACCUUAAUACUUAUCUAGUCCAAGGAGGUCUUUUCGAUGCUAAAAAGGAAUUCUAUCGUCUCAUCUCGCUACUUCUUUCAGAUUUGGGACUGAUAUUCAACAUCAUGUUUCCCUCUCCCUGGCAGAUUGUUUCGGAGUUACAGACUCGGGGAUUCAUUGGUGAAAGUGCCAGCAUCGAAACGUGUCUGUCUAUUGCAAACGAAAUACGGCUGAAAACGUACCUUGCUAAUAAUAAACAGGCAGAACUAUUCUCGGCUGUUCCUCAGUUUGACGCAACGGAGCAAUCCACCAGUGUUCCUAUUUUCCGCUAUUUUGAUGACGAUAUUUUAGUACGUCUUCUAAGUAUUAGCAUUGAGAUGCAUAAUCGCUGUCAGGAGUUUAGUCUGAAGCUCUUUCAAACAGGCGAAAUCGACACCAGCAUAUUUAAGAAUCCAUUCAUUCCAUCUUCUAAUGCACAUCUAAUUGGGCUUCUUUAUUUUCGACUGCAAAAUUUUCCUAAAGCCUUAGAGUGGAUUGGAUUAGAAUCGAAAGAUAGUCCGAACUACCUACAAAAUCUUAACAUUGAAGGCGUUAUUUACCAUAACAAUGGAGAACUUGAGAAGAGUACGGAAUGUUUUAGAGAACUCGUGAUUGCCCAUUACAUAAAUAGAAAAUCAUAUGAAAGCUUGCAUAUAUCCGUUCAUAAUCUAGCAAUGACACUAGCAUGUCUGGAAAAGUUUGAAGAGGCUAGAUAUUGGCUGGAAGCAGGGAUUGAGAGACAUAACGAGGUAUAUGGUGAAGGCUCCGAGUCAAUCAUGCUCGGACAAUUAAUGCAAACCCUCGGCGCACUCAAUGUGCCUUCCCGAAAUUUCAGAUCAGCCAUUGAAAUUCUUCAAAAAGUUGAACAGAUGUAUAAUAGAUUAAGAUGCGUUCCUGAUAUGCUUAUGCACAAUUUAAGCCUUAACCUAGCUUUGGCGUUAAGUUCUCAGGAUCAACAUGAACAGACGAUUAAAUAUAUGAAACGAGCGAUAGACCUCAGUCAUAAGAUGUGUGGUCAGAAUAGUUUAACUUUUCAGCUAUCUCUAACGUAUGCAUAUGCAGCCUCCGUAUACCAACGUUGUAAUUUGAAUGAUGAAGCCGUGUUUCUCGGCAAAAGAACUUUGGAAUGCUUUCGAAUUAUUGGUUCUGGCGAUAAUCUCAAACUAGGUAAGAUUGUAAGUUUAAGCUAACUUGUUUUAGGACAUAAACAGCUUCAUAAUUAGAAAUAAGAAAGACAGUGACAGUCAUCGAAUAGGGUGGUGUGUGUCUGUUUGAGAGGUUUGGUUGCAUAGUUUUUAUUCGAUGUGCCUUUUACCUCUUUGGCUGGGUUCGAGUAUGCACUUGUCUGAUAAUAAUUUCACCUCAAUAGUAUGUAAUAUAUACAAUGUUUGACUCCACCAAACACCAUUGAUUUUUACCACGUUUUCUGAUUUCACCUUCUGUAAGUAAUGUUUACAACAUGAGCGGCCGUGUUGUAUCGGAUAUACAAAACAACACGAUACAACACGGACGCGAAUGCGUAUUUAAUAUAACAUUAAACAGUAGAAAGCUCUUACUAGUCCCCUAGGACGAACAGUUAAAACAGAUAAAGCAAAUUUUCCUCCUGUAGUGAUACAGGAUCAAUAAGAAAUGACUCUUACUGGACCUCUAGCCUAUAGGAAAAACAGUUUAGGACUGAUAGAGCUAUUCAGCAUAAAUAAAGUUAGUAUAAGUAUUUCACUAAUUUUCUUCUUGUAAUAACAUUGUAUAAAGGUAAUUGCAGGGACACUUAACACGUUCCGCAAUUCCAUCAUUUGGGGGGCCCUCCAGGAAAAUUGGGCCCCGUUCGUUGAAUUUCCUUUGAGGGUGUUACACCUGAAUCAACCUCAUUUUUUCAUGUAGGUAAAACACCCGGCCGUGGACUGAACCCUCACGCAGUUUGUGCUAGAAUCCUGUUUGAUUUGGGAAAGGCUUUAAUGCCUUCGGAGAAAUCUCUGGAGUAUUUUCAAGAAGGAAAGGAAAUAAUGGAUACAAUUCUGGGACCAAAUCAACCUAAUAAGAUCACUUCAGAUAUUCUUCAUGGAAUUGGAAGUUAUUUCAUGAUACAUGGUAAUUUCACUAAAGCUUACGAGUGCUUCCAAGAUGCUCUCAGCAUGAAUUCCGCAAUUUUUGGAGAAAAUAGCGCAAAUGAUGACAUGGAAACGGUCUAUCAAAGUAUUGGCUUAGCUGCAGAACUAAUGGGAAACAGUCAACAAGCGAAGAAAUACUACACGGAAGCUGUUAAAAUCAGCAGGAAAAUUAAUUACAUGACCGGAGAGAGAUUGAGAGGUUUUGUUAGAAUUCUUGAUCGCCUAAGCUCAAUCUGCAAAGCCGACGGAGAGCAUGAUGAAGCGUUAAAAUAUUCAGAAGAAGCGAGAGAGCUUAAAAAAGGUCGGUGUUUAUAAGUAUAGGAUGGUGGCUGAUAUAUUAAGCAAUUAGGGACCUGUUAUAAAGUAAUUAACUGCUAGGGUGGGCCGGAGUGAUUUGGGAUGGGCCAUGGAAAAUAUUUGGGCAGUUUCGAUGGGCCGCCAAUUAUUUUGUAUGUCUAUGGUUGGGCCACCAAACAAAAACCCAUGUCUACUUUCAUUCAGGGGCGUAGGAAGCCGGGGGG